AUGCAACGACAACCAAAAUGGAGUAAGUUGUUAAAUAAUUCUCAAUUAUUAAUAAUUCAAACUAGUUCUAAUUCAUUAAUUUGUUCUGUAUUAUUAGACAUUGCGGAUACUAAUGUUGCAAAUUUUGGAUCAAAAAUCGAGAAAGAUGCUCAUUAUCAAGCUGGUGCGAAAGAACAAGCGUGGGCUGAUCCCAAAACGAAGGUUGGAAUUGAGCCGUUAGUACAACAAUACACAUAUAUAGAUAAACUAUUUCAGUCCUAUAAAAAAAAUAAAAAUACCGAGGCUUUAUCGCAUGAUAUCCAUUUUUGGCUUGGGUUAGAGAGUAGUCAGGAUGAAGUUGGAACUGCUGCUUAUAAGACGGUGGAAUUGGAUGAUUUUCUCGGAACUUCACCAGUCCAACAUCGUGAGGUUCAAGACAGCGAAUCCAGUCUUUUCUUAUCUUAUUUCAAAAAAUUCCAUGUAGAAGAAGGAGGUGUCGACACUGGCUUCAAACAUCUUUCACCCAAUGAAUACCGUCAUCGGCUUUUGAAAGUUAAGCUAAUUGGUCGUACGAUUGUAAUCCGUGAAGUGCCAAAAGACUACAAGUCACUCAAUUCUGGUGAUGUUUUUGUAUUGGACGUGGGAACCACUCUAUAUCAAUUGAAUGGUAAAAAUUCCCAGGGGGUUGAAAAAGUUAAAGCUGCAGAAUUCUGUCAAGCUACUGUAAGCGAUAGGAAGGGAUUGGCUAAUAUUGUUGUUAUUGAUGAAGGAGAUAGAGAAAUGAAUAAAUUUUGGGAAGCACUUGGAAGUGAGGGUCCAAUCAAACCUGCAUCUGAAGAUACUGGUGCGGACAUCUCUGGUACUCCAAAGAAAUUAUUUAGAGUAAGUGAUGCAUCAGGAACUUUGAAGUUCACCGAAGAAACGACUGGUACCAUCAAAAUAUCCCAUUUCGAUACUAAGGACGUAUUUGUGUUUGACGUAGGACAUGAAGUUUUUGUCUGGAUUGGUCUUCAAUCCACAAUCAUGGAAAAGAAAUAUUCCUUGCAGCAUGCUCAAGAAUACAUUAAAAAGUACAAUCGUCCAUUAUUUACUCCAAUCACCCGUAUCAUGGAAGGUGGUGAAAAUGAUGUUUUCACACAGUGUUUGGAUGUAUAA